AUGAGCUUUGGACAGCGAAAAAAUUUCACCGUCCCGGUGGAUGCCGAAUCGCCGGAAGCACGAGACGACGCGAAACUGCUCCCGCUGGGACCGUUCGAUAAGAUACCGCCGAUCAUUAUCGAUGGGCAGGAUCCACCGAAAACGCCGAUCACACCGACCACUCCGAUCAUCUUCUGUCCGCAGUCGCCAUCGGUCGGUAGCAAAAGGAGCCGAGCGUUACGACCGGGAACUACGCGAAAGUACAGGAGACGGGCGAUAUUGAAGAAUGGCGACUGCAACAUUGUCCUCUCGAAGGUAUCCCGGCAGCGGUUGCGCUUUCUGCAAGACAUCUUCACCACACUGGUGGACGCUCAGUGGCGUUGGACGUUGCUCGUAUUUGCAUUCAGCUUCAUCGGAUCGUGGUUGUUUUUCGGUGCAAUCUGGUGGUUGAUUGCGUUCACGCACGGUGAUCUGGAGGAGAUGCAUCUACCGAAGAACCAAGAGGAAUCUGGCUGGAAGCCUUGUGUGUUCAACAUCGAAUCGUAUACGUCCGCGUUCCUGUUUUCGAUCGAAACACAAACCACCAUCGGGUACGGUUACCGGACGACUACGGAGGAAUGUCCCGAGGCGAUCUUCAUCAUGUGCUUCCAGUCGAUCUACGGCGUUAUGAUGCAAGCGUUCAUGGUUGGUUUUGUGUUCGCGAAGAUGACGCGCCCGAAGCAUCGAACGCAGACGCUACUGUUCUCGAAACAUGCCGUCAUCUGUCAGCGUGACGGUGAACUGUGCCUGAUGUUCCGGGUCGGCGAUAUGCGCAAGAGCCACAUCAUCGGGGCGAACAUAAGGGCACAGCUCAUACGCACAAAGUUGUCCCGCGAGGGCGAAGUGAUGGCACAGUAUCAGCACGAGCUGGAGGUUGGGGCGGAUCAUUGCGGGUCGGAUCUGUUCUUCAUCUGGCCGCAAAUAGUGACGCACCGGAUCAAUACGGAAUCUCCAUUUUUCAACAUGUCCGCGUCGGAUCUGCUGCAGGAUCGGUUCGAGAUCGUCGUCAUCUUGGAGGGUACGGUAGAGUCGACGGGCCAAUCGACCCAGGCCCGUUCGAGCUACGUCAACACGGAGAUCCUGUGGGGCCACCGGUUUGAAACGAUCGUGUUUUACAACAAGGAAAAUCAGGUGUACGAAAUCAAUUACAGCAAGUUCAACGAGACGCACUCCGUCGAUACACCGCUCUGCUCGGCGCGCGAGCUGGCCGAGUUCUACAAGUACCAGGACGAUUAUCGCAACCAAGACACACUCGAUACCGGCUCUUCGAAAUCGAUGUUCGAAAGACGUUGGCACCAGCAUUACACCAACACAGUCCGUACACUUAGCUCGAUCUGCCUGGAAGACGAACGAGCGUCACUGAGCGUCCAGCCACGUUACCUGACAAUCCAGGGUGUUCCGAGACGGCCCCGAUCCUACCAGCAGCUGGAGAGCAAUCUGCGCAAUCUCUUCAAUCCACCUUCGGUCACCAUAUCGCCCUCAUCGACCACCUCCAUCCGCAUGGAAAGUCCGUAG